AUGAAUGUUGAAAGAUUCGAGUAUCUCCUGAGUUUGGUUGGUCCACUGAUAAAGAAGCGAGAAAUGUAUACUGCUAUUUCACCUACUCAAAGGCUUGCUAUGGCAUUGAGAUUCUUGGCAGCAGGAGACAGUCAGUAUACUCAGAGCUUUUUGUAUCGAUGUGGCCAGAGCACUGUCUCUCAGAUCUUGGCCGAAACCACUCGAGCACUUGACAGUGUGUUGAAGAUUGUGUUUGUGAAACCUCCAGCAAAUGAAGCGGAGUGGCGUGAGGUGGCUGCUGGAUUUUGGGAAGAGUGGCAGUUUCCCCAUUGUGUGGGGGCCAUUGAUGAAAAGCACAUUCAAAUACAGGCUCCACAAACUUCCGAAAGUAUUUACUUCAAUUAUAAGAAGACAUUUCGCAUGGUUUUGUUGGCAGUUUGUGAUGUACACUACAACUUCAUCAUGCUGGAUGUAGGAGUAGAAGGAACUGAUAUUGAUAUGCCCUACUUCCUUGUAGGAGAUGCAGCUUUCCCUCUGAAGCCUUUCCUGAUGAAACCCUAUGGCGAGCGCAACAUACCCCAUGAUCAAUCUAUAUAUAACUUUAGGUUGAGCAGAGCAAGGAGGGUGAUUGAAAAUGCCUUUGGUAUUUUAGCAGCUCGUUGGAGGAUUUUUCGUCACCCUAUUAUUGCUACAGAAGACAAUGUGGAAAGCAUCAUUGAAUGUGCUGUUUGCCUUCACAAUUUUAUCCGCAAGACAGGCGAUAGGAAACUCAACCUGGAGUACUGCCCCCCUUCUUUUAUGGAUCUUGAAUUGCCAACUGGCAAACUGGUAGAGGGAGAAUGGCAUGAUAUUGUCGCUGGGGAGAAUAGAGCCAUCAUUAAUGAUCUACGGAUGGGUGCAAGAAAUGCUGCUCUUGGAGUUUUACAACAGAGAAAUGCUUUGAAGGAAUUUGUGAAUGGGCCUGGGGCUAUGCGCCAUCAAGAUACCAUUGUGAGGAUCCGGCAAGGAAUUAUCCCUCCUCAGGAUCUACGCUUACUGUAG